UCCCCAGCUAGCUCUAACCGGCUAGCGAGUCUGUUGUCGAGUUGACACCCUCCCCAAACCUCGGCAGCAGCUAAGCUGCUCAGUCGACAUGGCAAGAAAAUAUCGCAGCAAUUUCCUAAAGAAAGAUGAAAAUCUUCCAAGUCUUUUGGAAUGAUAUUCAUCACGCGAUGUGAUCCAAAAUCCACAAUGUGUGAGAACAUUUAAGAACGAUUGAGUUCGGAAGAAAAUUUCUUGAUUCCAGUGGAAUCUUCCAUAUAUAUAUAUAUAUUAUUUGAUAUUUUUUCUUUGUGUUAAAGCUUACAUACAUUUAUACACACACUUGUCCCAUCAACAUAUAACCAUGCCUGUGCAAGCACCACAAUGGACAGAGUUCCUGCUGUGCCCAAUCUGCACACAGACAUUUGAGGAGACUGUUCGUCGGCCCAUCAGCUUGGGCUGUGGACAUACUGUCUGCAAGAUGUGCCUGAACAAGUUGCACCGUAAGGCCUGUCCCUUUGACCAGACGGCCAUCAGCACGGACAUCGAGCAGCUACCUGUCAACACAGCCCUGUUGCAACUUGUGGGCGGCCAGGUUCCAAAGGCUCAGCCAGUUGCCUUGAUUACCAGUCCAGAGGACUCACAGCAUUAUGAGGAGGCCAGACAGUGUGUGGAGGAGCUGGCCCUCUACCUCAAGCCUCUCAGCAACACCCGAGGGGUGGGUCUGAGCAGCACAGCCCAGAGCAUCCUGAGUCGACCCAUGCAGAGGAAACUGGUAACUCUGGUCCACUGCCAGCUGGUGGAGGAGGAGGGUCGCGUUAGAGCCAUGAGAGCUGCCCGCUCUCUGGGUGAGCGAACUGUCACAGAACUCAUCUUACAGCAUCAGAACCCACAGCAACUCUCCUCCAAUCUGUGGGCCGCUGUCCGUGCACGAGGAUGUCAGUUUCUCGGCCCAGCCAUGCAGGAGGAAGCUCUAAAGUUGGUCCUCCUUGCUCUAGAGGAUGGCUCUGCUCUCUCCAGAAAGGUGUUGGUUCUCUUUGUAGUCCAGAGGCUUGAGCCACGGUUCCCACAGGCCUCUAAGACAAGCAUAGGCCAUGUGGUGCAACUCCUUUACAGGGCCUCCUGCUUCAAGGUGACCAAACGUGAUGAAGACUCAUCCCUGAUGCAGUUGAAAGAGGAGUUUCGUACUUACGAGGCUCUGCGGCGCGAGCAUGACUCCCAGAUAGUUCAGAUUGCCAUGGAGGGUGGGCUGCGCAUUGCACCUGACCAGUGGUCUUCUCUGUUAUACGGAGAUCAGUCUCACAAGUCCCACAUGCAGUCUAUCAUAGAUAAGCUGCAGACUCCUGCAUCGUUUGCUCAGAGUGUACAGGAGCUGACGAUUGCGCUGCAGAGGACCGGAGAUCCAGCCAACCUUAACAGGCUGCGGCCCCACCUGGAACUACUGGCCAACAUUGAUCCCAGUCCUGAUGCCCCCCCUCCCACAUGGGAACAGCUUGAGAAGGGGUUGGUUGCAGUGAAAACAGUGGUGCAUGGCCUUGUGGACUUCAUCCAGAACCACAGCAAGAAAGGAGCUGACCCUCAACAGCCUCCUCAACACAGCAAAUACAAGACUUACAUGUGUCGUGACAUGAAGCAGAAGGGAGGCUGUCCACGUGGAGCCAGCUGCACCUUUGCUCACUCUCAGGAAGAACUGGAGAAGUAUCGUAAGAUGAACAAGCGCCUGGCGGCUCGUAUCUCUGGCUCGGGAGGGCUCAUGCCAGAUGAUGGCCUUUCUCUUGAUGUAGCAGUGACCCGGAAGCCUUCACCCCUCACCAAUGGCAGUGGAGCACCCUCUUUGCCCCAGCUCAUUGCCCGUGGCACCGAUACAGUCCCGUAUGAACUGUUGCGUAAACCCAUGAAGAUGGAUGGAGGGAGUCCCAGUGCCCCAGGAUCACCACCUGAUGUCCUGGACCCUGUGGCCAAACCCGGUAUGCCUCUACCACCUCAUGCUAUGGCCCACCCAAGGAUGCCAGCGGACCACCUCUCUGGGGUGAAGCACAUGCCUGUGGUAGCCAGAGGUUCGCCAGUGUACCCUCAGCCACAGCUUCCUGAAAUGUGUUAUGAUACUCGCCUACCGCCUUCGGCUUCUCAGUAUGAGCCCCCGCAGUACUCCACAGGGUACCCCUACCAACAGCCGCCACAGUAUGUUCCUCGGGAUUACAUGCGUAAUCCUCCUCCACCCAGUGAGUCAGGACCCCCUUACCAGGACCCCUACUCUGGCUAUGGCCCUCCAGAGCGCCCCUACCAGGCUCCUCACUCUGGUCCACCCUUCUCCUACCCACACCCUACACACCAUGACCGAGGUCGCCCUGGGACCUAUGCUGGCCCACCACCCCCUCCACAGCCUUACCCAUCACAGAGGGAUGGCCUGGUCAGAAUGAGCCCUGCCCCUCUAGAUGUUCCCCCACCAUCAGCAGGGCAGGCUAACUCACUUUACCACCCAGAGCCGAGUGCUCGCGAUAGAUACCCUCCAGAUGGCUACUAUCCACCGGGUGCCCAACCUCCACCCAUGAGGGCUUAUGUCAGGGGACCAUCAUAUAGUGGUUCGCAGCCUAGCCUGGACUACUUGCACCGGCGCCGGCAGGAGCUGUUAUCCCAGCUGGAGGAAAGGAAAGUCAUCUCCCCACCACCAUUUGCUGCCUCCCCCACUCUGUCUCAUCCCUUCCCCAGCGACUACCCCCCAGAGUAUGGUGAUGAGAGCUCCAAAGCCAUUAUGAAAUGCAGAGAGUCUGACUACGCAGGACAAUACUCUCCCUGGUCUUGUGAAACCAUUGGCUCCUACAUUGGCACAAAGGAUGCCAAACCCAAAGAUGUUAUGGUUCCUGGUGCCAUGGAAAUGAUGAAUGCGGAAGCUAAGGAUCUGAGGGAACCAUCACUGGAGGCUCCUCGAAGGGGAACAGAAGUCAAGGACGAUGACCCUAUUAUCCCUUUUGGCCCCCAGCCCACUGUGUCACGCUUCGGAGCCAUCUCCCGCACCUCAAAGACAGGCUAUCAGACCACUGGCCCUGUGCAAGCUAUGGCCUCCACUCCCCAGAACCCAAACUCCAAACAUAUGGCCAUGCCAGCAGAGUACACAUAUGGAAGCCAUGUAGGAUGGGGUGGAACCUCAUACCCCUCCCACCAGGCUGCCUCCUCCUCUCAGGGACACUUCAGUGAGCGCCUGCCUAUGGCAGCCCCCGACAGAGAACAGUUGAAGAUUGAGCUGCAGCAGGUCAACCACCAGAUCAACCAGCAGACCCAGAUGCGAAGCAUGGAGGCUGCCAGUAACUCUUUGCUGCUACAGAGGGAAGCCAGUGCUUUGGCAGGACAGCCUGUGCAGCCUGGUCAGAGCAAGGCGGCAGCAGCCCAGCAGCAGCAACAGCCCAAGUGGCCAGCAGGGGGAGCAAGUACUGCAGCUGUCUCCAGUGAGCAGCUAAGCUUGGAGCUCCACCAAGUGGAGAGAGAGAUUGGCAAGAGGACCCGAGAGAUGGCUUUGGAAAACCAAGUAGCCCAUGAUGUACAGCAGUACAAGUUGAAACCUGCAGAGAAUGGACAACCAGAACACAAGACUCAGCUGGAAGAAAUCUCCCUGGCUCUUGGUGAGGUGUCAAACGGAUCCAGCAGUAUGCAAGAAAGUGCAGUGGGCGGGUCCAUGCUGUCACUGACCAAUAAGACGUCUGCGUUGAGCCUGUGCUCUGAUCCAGGCGCCGCUGGUUCAGAGAUGCAGAAGAAUGGGGUUGUCCAUUCUUGCUCUUAGGCAGUACACACUUACACACAUACAUACACGCAUACACUCAAGAUGCUCAGUUGAAAAGCAUGCACAGGCACACAUACACCCAUUCUAUUUAGAAGAUGAGCAGUAUCUGCCGUGAUAUGAAUUUUCUUUCUUUUUGUUCUGUGAAUGAGCUUUUUUUAAUGACUUUCCUUGCCUGGAAACCAGGGCAUAUGAUAACAUUUCUCAUGUGUGUUAAUUUUUUUUUUUUUUUUUUUUUUUUUUGUACAUGGAUUAUAGAUUAACAAGGCUCACAAUAGAGAUCUCAAGAAGAAGAGAAAAUGGUGGUGAUGUUGACAGUGGUAUUAUAAUUUCAUUCAUUAAUCAUAGGCCUGUAGAAACAUAGUCAAGUAUUUGAUUGGUCCGCCCCAUUUAGUUUUUUUUUGUGAGCGGGGUACAAGUUGAUGAACGGUUAGAUACAGAGUAGCAGAUUAAUAAGCACUAUCUUGUCACAUGCAGUCUCUUGUUGUAAUCUGAUGAUCUAUAAAAGGUAUUGUAGGAAACAGCACAAGUGUGGCGCUUGGCAUUCACCCCCAGAAUCGUAAAAAUGAAAAGAAAAAAAAAAGUGGUCGCCCAGAUUUAGAUGGUCUGAGGAGGGAAAAGCAUUACAGUAUUCCACCAGUAUUCAGCUGAAAUGGAGAUGCAAGGUGUUUUAGAAAUCACUUUUGCACCACCUGCGUGUCCUCACUUGCCAUGAGAAGUAUGAUUUUUAUUAGUGCAUUUUAUGAACACAUCAUAUGUCUGUUUCAUACUUGAAAAGCAGUUUGUUAUAUAUUUAAUUGAAGCAUUCUGUUUUAAAGAUUGCAACAGGUCUUUUUGAUAAUGAACUUUCCACAUGUUUUCUAUAAGGGAAUCUACUGUGUGCUUCUCUGGGUUGUGGUGUGACCUGAUGUGGUUCCGUCACAACGCCUUUUCGCCUGUGCUUCGCGGGGCUGCGUUCAGUCCUAGCCGAUCAUGUUAUGAAGUUCUUCGCGGCACGCUCAGAAAUAGUUUUCGGGGGGUUUCUUUGUUUGGUUUGGGUGAAUACACAUGAUGUGUCUGAGAGAGAGUACAACUUUCUGCCUCAGGAGUCAGGUGAAUGAGUACAAACUUGACUGUAUAAUUUCAGGGUAAGUAAGGAUUUCCCUCCUCAGAGCUUCUCAUCUGGCCACUGAAAGGUCUCCCCAUUGGGAUUAUCUUGUCAUUUGCUCUCCUAACUUCUAUGAAGUUGCCUUCCCUUGUUUUGUUUUUUUGUUUGUUUUAUUUUUCAUGCUUUGUGUUGUUACGAUUUGGGGGUGUGGCUCAUCUAGUGAAAGCUUUAUAGAGCUCAUUUGAUCGUGUGUUCUCCUGCGUUAUAAAAUGUUGAAUUCCAAGCAAAACCCAUCUUCAUUAUUUUUACUCUCAGGAAGGAAGCUGUAGUAGCAUUUUUAGCUACACACUACUUCUUGAAUCAUUUUCACAGCUGAGGAUAUUAUAUCGGUUACUGAGGGGUAAACACAACAUAAACAGCUGUCCACAAGUUGCAGAUUAUUAUUUACGAGUAGUACAGUAUUCUGUUCACUCUUCACACCUUGAUGUCAUCAUCACCACCAUUGUUACUGUUAUUGCUCUUUCUCCAUCAUGUGAAUUGUUUACCACUGAUGCUCAACACAGAGCUCUUUGCCUUUCGUAAACAAUUAGCACGACGGGUUUCAGUUUUACGGCUCUGCUGAGAGCGAGUGAGUCCUUGCGUUUGAACGGUUGAAGGAUAGAGGGGGAUGCUCUGGGUCGUGUCAUUUUAGUUUAACGCUGAGCCUUCGUUUUGGUCGGACGAGGGGCACUGAGAAACUGACAGAGUUUGACAACUCCCUGAUAACUGAUAAGUCAAGUAAAAGGCACAAAUGUUUUUGUGUCUACUUCCUCAUCUGGGUUGUUUGAUGAGCAUCUCUUCCAAUUUGUCAGCGCCAUGAUAGUGGAUGUGAUUGUUUUUUGUUGGGGUUUUUUUUUUUUUUCCAAAUUUUCCUACCACACUUCAAGCCUGUGGCUGCCUCUCGCUACAUUUAUUAUUUAGGUACACAAUUCACUUAUACAUAUAAGUAUGUAUACAUACAUUAAUAUACUAAAGCACUAUUACUGUGCCACCUCUUAUUUUACUCGCUCAGCAUUUAUAUUAAAUGAUCUCUACUUAGAAUCAGCAUUUUUUUUUCUUUUUUUUUUUUUCUUUUUUUUUUUGGAUUUGUUCUAUGUCCACUGGUUGCCAACACAGACUUUAUCCUUUCCCAGACGAAGGACUUCUGUGCGCAUUGAUGUGUGUUCACUUAAUCUUUUGUGUUCAAACAAAGAUGUUCUUUCUAGACUAUGCUUCCGAAGAAGACGAAAAUCUGUAACUUUGGAAAAUUUAUGGAGACGUUUUGUGUGUGCUAGAUUGUAUUGUAGAAAAUGUACCCUAAUUUUUUUUUUUUCUCAAAGUGUGCUGUACUGGGUGAUAGUGUUGCGGUUUUAGAGAAUUCUUGGGGUCCCUCCCCCCACCCCUGAACCACAAGAGGAUAUUCAGGAAGUCUCUGUUGAAAGGUUUUCCUUAAAUCCUCUUGUAAUGCUCCUUUAUGUUGUCUGCUUCAGGAGCAUGAGGUGAUCUAAACAAAAAAAGUAAUUAACACUGAAUUGGAAAGACUUUGAGUCACACAUAUUGACUCCAGUAGAUUCUCCUCCCUGUUUUUGAAAAUGUCAUACAAAACUGCGAUAAUGCAAAUCUCAAGAUUUGAAGCAACAUCUGUAUUUUUAUUAUUUUUUUUAUGGAAUCGUUAUUUACCUAAAAGGGUUAUUUUUUUUUUCUUUCUCUUGUUUUUGUUUCUGCAAUAGCUGAGUGAAUUUACUGACCUGCAAGUCUUACAGUCUUUAAUGCAUCACCUGACCUGAUGUGUAGUCAACAGCUAUAAGAGUAUCUGAGUGACAUUCACACAGUAGUUUUGUUCCUCUUUGACAGCUGCUUACAAGAAGUUGGCCUGCCUGCUUAAUUCUGUGGUAAUAAUUCCAUGAAUUGGCAACAUUUAAUGACGUUAAUUCAGUCUGUUGUUUCUCAAUUUCUCUUGAGUGCAAGGCAAGCAAAACUGUCACAGUGCUGAUUCUACCUGAUAAGUCCCUGCAGGUGUGAAUGAGCCUAAAAUGCCUUUAGCUUAGCAGAUCUGAUAUACAGUGACGUAUGGGGUGGUUUACUAUAUAGUAAAUAGCAAAAGAUGUUCAUUUCAAUCUCCUGUGUGUUUUUGUUUCUGAGUGGAACUGCUGCCUCUGCCCCUCAUAUACACAACCAGUUAAUCCCCCCCCCCCCAGCGCCCACAUUUGACCACUGAACUCUGUUACUGCUGUUUGAGGCUCACGUUUUAUUCCCUGACUUUUUGGGGAAAUUCGCAAAUGGCUAUUUUAUAUGAUUACUCCCUUGUAAAAUAUCUCUUAAAUUAAGGUACAGGUUUGAUUUCAGCAAGAAAAAAGAAGUUUUUAUAUGUAUAUUAUACUCCAUUAAGGAAUGUCUAGAAUUAUCUUCCUCCAAUGUGGAUGUAGCCAUUAUUACGCCAUUUUAUGACUUUGUAAGAGAAUUCACUGUGUGAAAAUUGGUUUGCAUUUUUGUAUAAUACAAUCUGCUUUUUUUUCGUUUGAUACGAGAGGGAGGUCAAACUGGAAGUUUGAAGAGAGGAAAAAAAAAAUGAACCUGUGAAAUUGAGAAAACAAAGUGUAACUUAUGUACAACAGUGAUUUUAAGAUGAGGGGGAAAGAUUAAAUGAUAUUGCUAACUCAGAA